CUGACGCUGCCUGGCGGUGAAACCAGGAAGGCGGUGAGCUUAAACUGAAAUAAGUUCUGUGGACGCCGGCGGCGCCCAGAUUUGAAGAAACGUUUCCAGAUCUGCGGCGCUCAAAUGGGACGCCGGUCAUCUGAUACUGAAGAAGAAAGCAGAAGCAAGAGAAAAAAGAAACACCGUAGACGGUCUUCUUCAAGUAGUUCUUCAGAUAGUAGAACAUAUAGCCGAAAGAAAGGUGGAAGGAAAUCAAGGUCAAAGUCAAGAUCUUGGUCCAGAGAUCUUCAGCCUCGCUCACAUUCUUAUGAUAGAAGACGCAGGCAUCGAUCGAGCAGUAGCUCUUCUUAUGGCUCUAGAAGAAAACGAAGUCGAAGUCGUUCAAGGGGUCGAGGGAAAUCCUAUAGAGUUCAGAGGUCUAGGUCAAAAAGCAGAACAAGAAGCUUUUCAUUAUUGCCUGUUAGGAACCAUUGCUUCCAGUUUACUUAUGUGGAUAAGACUGUUGACACAGGAAGAAAUUUGGUUGCCUGGAAGAAAUUUGAAAAAAGUUUCCUUAAACCAAGGAGAAAACCAAGGAUGUUAGUCUGAGGGACUAACAUCAACAUUAUUAGUUUGAUACUGUGAGAUAGUUAUAGGAAACUUUGUUGUGUUAAUAAAGAUGGUCCUUGACUUUCUUUAGAUUCAGUUUUGCAGAGGGGGUAGGGGAGUGAAAAGACAGAGUGAAUGAUGUGAGUAUUCUAAAAUCUCAACUUUUCAGGAUAAACAGAACUGAUGUUCCUAAACUCCUCUAGAUUAAAAAGGAAGAGUAAUGUCUAACCUUUUGGAUAUUGUGGUACUACCAUUU